CUCCCAACUCUCUGAUUGGUCGCAAUGGUAUUUUCCUGUCGUUUUCUUCCUAGUUGCUUUGUAUGAUCCCAUAAUUUUAUUUCUCAUGUUCGAUCUUUUCUAUCCAAUCAAUCUCGACCGUCCAUUUCUAGUCCUCUGUGCUCUACUAAAAGAAUUUUCUCAGCUUUAUUGUCUUCAGGCUUCACAUUUCUCUUUGCUUCGCCCUUUCUACCAUGCCUUCUAAACCCGACCCACACCUGAACCGAUUCGUUUUAUCCCCGAGCCAAGUCUGUUUCGUUUCAGAUCCUACAAGAUAAGAUAAAGUUCAGUAGAAAACGUUUCUUGCUUUCUUUCUUUCUUCCCCAGAUCGGUCUUUUUUUUAUACGGUUCUCGUUUUGUUAAAAAAAAAAAUUUCGAUUUUUUUAAAAAGUUCCGGUUCGGUUUUUUGGAUGGAGGAAAAUAAUAAAAAGCUGAACAAAACGACGACGUCAGAUACCGGUAUGUCCGACGUCGUUUUAAGCUGCGUGAUGCCGUACAUCCACGACCCGAAAGACCGCGACGCCGUUUCCCUUGUUUGCCGACAUUGGUACGAGCUCGACGCGUUGACACGUAAGCACAUAACGAUCGCGCUUUGUUACACGACGAGUCCGGAUCGGUUGCGACGGCGUUUCCGACACUUGGAAUCGUUGAAGCUAAAAGGGAUGCCUCGGGCGGCGAUGUUUAAUUUGAUACCUAAAGAUUGGGGAGGGUACGUGACGCCGUGGGUGAACGAAAUAGCGGAGAGUUUCAAUUGCUUGAGAUCCGUGCAUUUUAGAAGGAUGAUUGUUAAAGAUUCGGAUCUGGAGGUUUUGGCUGGGUCUAGAGGGAAAGUUUUGAGGGUUUUGAAACUUGAUAAAUGCUCUGGAUUUUCCACUGAUGGUCUCCUGCACGUUGGCCGCUUGUGCCGGCAAUUAAGAACCUUGUUCCUGGAAGAGAGCUCAAUUGUUGAGAAUGAUGGUCAAUGGCUUCAUGAGAUUGCGAUAAAUAACUCAGUUCUCGAGACUUUAAACUUCUACAUGACGUAUCUUGUCCAAGUGAGUUUCGAAGAUCUCGAACUUAUUGCCAGAAAUUGUCGCAACUUGGUGUCUGUGAAAAUCAGCGAUUGUGAAAUUCUGGAUCUUGUUGGUUUCUUUCAUGCUGCUGCUGUUUUAGAAGAAUUUUGUGGUGGUUCUUUCAAUGAGAAACCGGACAGAUAUACUGUUGUAACAUUCCCCCCAAGGUUGUGCUGUUUGGGUUUAACAUACAUGGGGAAAAAUGAAAUGCCAAUUGUGUUUCCCUUCGCAUUGUUGCUUAGAAAGUUGGAUCUCCUCUAUGCAUUACUCGACACAGAAGACCACUGUUUGCUAAUCGAAAGAUGCCCCAAUUUAGAAGUUCUAGAGACAAGGAACGUUAUUGGAGAUAGGGGAUUAGAAGUUCUUGCACGAAGUUGUAAGAAACUAAAGAGGCUUAGAAUUGAGCGAGGUGCUGAUGAGCAGGGAAUGGAGGAUGAAGAAGGUGUGGUUUCACAAAGAGGAUUAAUGGCAUUAGCUCCUAGAUGCCUUGAAUUGGAAUACUUGGCUGUUUAUGUAUCCGACAUCACCAAUGCAUCAUUGGAAUACAUUGGGACAUACUCAAAAAAUCUCUCUGAUUUCCGUCUAGUCUUGCUUGACCAGGAAGAGAGGAUAACAGAUUUGCCUCUUGACAAUGGCGUCCGGGCUCUAUUGAGAGGCUGUGAAAAGCUUAGAAGAUUUGCUCUCUAUCUCCGACCUGGUGGUUUGACUGAUGUUGGCCUCAGUUAUAUUGGCCAAUAUAGUCCAAACGUCAGAUGGAUGCUUCUGGGUUGUGUUGGGGAGUCAGAUGCUGGACUUUUGGAGUUUUCCAGGGGAUGCCCUAGCUUGCAGAAACUAGAAAUGAGGGGUUGUUGCUUCAGUGAGCAUGCACUAGCAGUUUCUGUGAUGCAAUUAACUUCUUUGAGGUACUUGUGGGUGCAAGGAUAUAGAGCAUCAACUCCACCUGAUCGUGAUCUAUUAGCGAUGGCUCGUCCAUUUUGGAACAUUGAGCUAAUUCCUGCAAGACAAGUAGUUCCGACUUAUCAGGUUGGAGAGCCUGUCGUGGUUGAGCAUCCGGCUCAUAUACUUGCGUAUUACUCCCUAGCCGAACCAAGAAAAGAUUUUCCAGAUACUGUUAUUCGUUUGGAUACAUUAGUUGCCGGAAUAGAGAUGUAAAUAUGACCUUUUCCCAAGUUGCCAUUACUUCCAGCCACGUCCUGUUUAUAAAGUUUGUGUACCUUUCUCCUUUUUUUGUUUAGAAGGUUCCAAUUUGAUAUUUCACUUUCGAUUUUGUUUCGAGACUUCGUCAUGUAAUAAGAUUGUGUUUUGCUCUGUAAUUUUGAAAGCCCUUGCUGGUUUGGUGGGCUACUGUUUUGUCCAUUGUCCGUGGAAAUAGCUUAGGUGUUAAGCCUUUACCGAUUUUUCUGUUGAUUCUGCUGAAUGAAUCUUAACAGAAACUUUUGAUAGUGGCAGACAUGGAAAAUGUUCAAUUUUAAGUGUAUUUUUGUUUUUGCGAGAGAUGGAAAUGUUACUGCAUAAGAAUUCAUUAUGAUUCCUGCAUACGAUUUGUGUGCUUGGAAUUUUUAAUAGAGUAGUUAGCGGAAUAAUUGCCUGUGAAAGAUGCAGAAGAAGCAAUCCAAAUUGGAUUUACUAUGAAAUUUUUAAUAAAUUCAAUGAGCUACAUUACUUAAAAUUGUAGCAAAAAUUAUAUAUAUAUUUGAUAAAAAAAAAAAAAGUGUAUCGUGUUUCAGACAAGAUACCAUACAUGAAUAGCCAGAUGUAGUUACUAAUGGCAUCAAAGAAUUGAAGCUUUUGCUGUGAGAAGCCAUUGUUGGGGGAAACUUGAUAUCUGAGAUAAUUUAGUCACAAAAAUACGGCAGAAAAUUUGGAGCUGACCCUUUUUUCAAAUGUAGUUUUUCAAGUUUCCUCCAUUUUCUUCGUUAUGAUUAAAGCAAUAGAUUGUAAAUAAAAUGAAAAGGAAAUUCCAUGGGAACUGAGAGAUAUCAGGCAUGCCAUCAAAGCUACAUGAGGUUUUAAUCUGAUAAUUUUCUGGUGGCAUAAAAGAAAUCAAAGUUUUGAUUUCUGCAUGCUGGCAAAGUUGCAGAUCCUUACAUUAUGUGCAGCAAUCCUGACCAACCAUUUCAGGAGAUAACUUUCAUGCAUUGCCAUUGAAAAGAAAGCUUCAGUGCUACACAUCGGAGAUAACUUUAUUGUGUUCCGGAUGGACCUGGAAGAAAGUGUCAGCCAGUCCUGACAUCAGGAAAACCUCUUUUACUCUAGUUGUUUUACUAACUAACGUGUAACAUUAGUGUUGUCUUGUUGGAAAGUUUAUUGGAAUCAUAGAGGAUGUCACAUUUAGAAAAAAUCUUCUGUCAUGAUUUUGUGAUCCUGGUUUAGAAUGUAGGAACUAUUAUUUAUGGCA